AAAAGAAAAGAUAAGACCUUCCCUGCCCGAUGUGGUGCACGGGUCUCAUCCUCCCCAGCUUGACACCAAAAUACUCACGGAGAGUGCACUGGUCCGUGGCCGGACCGCCUCAGUUCGCCAACGGUUUGCGCGAAUGGGCUGGCGGCCACAGCUGGACCUUUAUAAAUCACGGUCACGGACACGUCUACCUACCAACAACCCACACACGCGCCCGGCACAAGUCCCACAGCCACAGCCACACUGCGCCGCACUGCACUGGACACACGGCCGCGCACGCGCCGCCGCGGGGAGGCGAGGAGCGAGAGGGAGAGAGACGGGGGCAGCGGCCAUGGUGGAAGGCGGCAGCGGCGCGGGGGCUACGUCGACCUGCCGGCGCGGCGGCGGCGGAGGCGGCAUCGUCGGCCCCGCGGCACGGCGGUGCUGCGGCGGCGGGUGCGGGCUCGGGCGUCUCGUCCGGCGGCUGCGGCGGCAGGGGAGGCAGGCGCUGUGCGCGGCCAGGCCGGCGGCGGCGUCGUCGUCUUCGUCGGCGGCCGGGGCGCUCCGGGGGUGCCAGUACGACCCGCUGAGCUACGCGCGCAACUUCGACCAGAGCGGCUUCGGCGACCCCGACCCGGACGCGGACGCGGCCAGCCUCUACUACAGCUACACCUUCUCCUCCCGCUUCGUGCUCGCGCCAGGCAGCGCCGCCUCGUCGGCAGCCUCCGUCGCGGCCGUUGCCCCCGCGCCGAACGGCCUCGUCGUCGCCAGCCGGCCAACCGCCGCCAGCCAUUAGCCGUCCCGGCGCCAGUAGCUUCCCUUUGUCUCUCCUCGGGUUCCUUUUCCUCAACCCCUGGAAUGGAAAGGCAGCAGCUUGUUUUAAUUGGAUUAAAGAAGAGGUUUUCCGUAGGGGAAAGUUCGGUCGGGAGAACGACGAUGCUUGUACAUUAAUACUGCAGUACUGUAUGUAUGCGAGAAGAACGCCAUUGCUGGGUCGAUCGAGCUGUGCCAUGCCAUGCCAUGCCAUGCUCGACCGGAUUCUCAAGGACCGUGUUCAGAUUUCUGAUUCUGAGCUGCCGAGGAUAGGGUCGAGAGUACUGUAAUUGCAGUGGCAGGCAGAUGCCGAUGGGCAGGGGGGACGUACGGGGCCGAGAGGCGCCAUGAAUGCGGCGGUACUUGCCGGCGGUGACGCCAUGGCAGUGGCACUGGGUGGGAGCGGAAUGGGUGGUGGUCGGGGGUGGCGGUGGCGCAAUAAUUGGCCCUGGAAAUGGAAUUCACGGCUCCGCAGUCCCGUCCGUGAUCUGUCGCUGUCACUCACCACCACCGCACCGGCUGCUUCGGGGGGGUGGGGGAGGAGAAGAUGCCUGCCAAUCUGCCAUGGCCGGCGAGACCGACCAUGACACCGACGCGUAACGGCAUUAUGGUGCGCCCCGUCACCGUCAGGAUUCCUCGGAUCUGAUGCUUGCCCAGGCUGAUGGGACGCGUUCCGGCCACUGGACCCAAUGAAUCCCGGUGCUGUUUUUACUUUCACUGGGAUUUCCGACCAGGCGAUAUGGCUGUGUGUGUGUGUGUGUGUGUUUGUGUUGAGCAGAUGCUCCUGCUUCGGUGCUUCCUACCCAUGAAUGCAGAUGAUUUGUCUUGGUAGUUUCUGCUUACAUUUUCUGGGCAAAGAGAACUGCAGCUUAGUGAUAUGCUCUUUUCUUUUUUGGGAAAUAGUGAUAUGUUCUCUUACUGACAAUGUAUACAUGACACCGAUUAUAUGAGAACAAGAUAGUGUUUUUCCUUUUGUGACAA